GAGAGAGAGAGAGAGAGAGAGAGAGAGAAAGAGAGAGAGAGAGAGAGAGAGAGAGAGAGCGCUCCUCAUCGAUUGGUCUAAGCCCUGCCUAGUCCUUAGAGGGAUAAACUGAAGUAGCAAGAGAAACGCAUAUAACGGCAGAUGACUUUCUCAGGAUAUCUUUGGUUGGUUUACCUGACCUGCACUGUGCUUGUGUAUAUCUCUCCGGUUAAUUUGGCUCCGAUGCCGGACCAGUACUCUCGGGGUGUGGAUUGGUUAAGCAGGUAUGGAUACCUGCCCCCUCCGGACCCCCGCACAGGAAAGCUGCAGACUAAAGAAGGCAUUGAGAGAGCAAUCAAGGAAAUGCAGCGUUUCGCAGGCCUCAAAGACACAGGCAAACUUGACAGUGACACUCUGAAACUGUUGAACACACCACGGUGUUCACUGCCAGACAUUAUAGGGUCUGAGGACAUGCUGAAAAAGCGGAGGAGGAAAAGAAGAUAUGCGACCACUGGGCUUCGCUGGAAGAAGUCAGACCUCACAUGGAGCAUCCAGAAUUACCCAUCUCUCCCUCCGCUCCUCCAACCCAAUAAUGUGAGGACUAUAAUGGCCUAUGCCUUCAAAGCCUGGAGCGAUGUCACCAACCUCAAGUUUCAUGCUACAUCCUCGAGUGAGCAGGACAGAGCUGAUAUCAAGAUCUCUUUCGCUCGCUCGCUCCAUGACGAUGGGUAUCCAUUUGACGGGAAGGGAGGGACACUUGCUCAUGCCUUCUUCCCAGGGGAGGCUGAUAUUGCUGGGGAUACACAUUUUGACGAUGAGGAGAGCUGGACCUACUUAGAUGACAGUGGCACUGAUUUGUUCGCGGUGGCUGUGCAUGAAUUUGGUCAUGCCCUGGGUCUCUCUCAUUCCUCCUCUCAUCCAUCCAUCAUGCGGCCGUACUACCAGGGUCCUGUUGGAGACAUAGCAUCCUACACUCUUCCAGAAGAUGAUCGCUAUGCCAUUCAGUCACUCUACGGAAGGAAGAGCAGCUUGUCAACACCUUCCCCAAAUCAUCCUACAACCCACCUACCCAAACCACCAAGUCCACCUCGACCAAAAGUACCAUCACAACCUGAUCCCUCAGCCCAGAAUCGUUGUGAAGGAGGUUUUGAAGCAGUGGCAAACAUCAGAGGAGAGGUUUUCUUUUUUAAAGGUCAAUAUUUCUGGCGAAUCCAGCGGACUGGUUCUCUUGUGUCCUUCCACCCUGCUCUCAUAAAAAACUUCUGGAUUGGUCUUCCUCCCGGCACUAACAAGAUAGAUGCAGUUUAUGAAAGAAAAACGGAUAGCAGGAUCAUAUUCUUCAUAGGCUCACAGUACUGGGUAUUUAAAGACACCGUGGCGGUUUCUGGCUACCCACGUCCGCUGUCAGACUGGGGGCUGAUCUCUCAUGAUGGAAGCGAGGUCAAGAGGGUGGAUGCGGCCUUUGUUUGGGCUCAUAACGGAAAAACCUACAUCUUCAGCGGUGGAGAGUUCUGGAGGUUCUCAGAAGGCCUGGAGUCUGGGAGGCGCCGUCCAGAUGCAGGUUAUCCCAGAAACUCCUCCCUCUGGAAGGGUGCGCCCAGUAACCCCGAUGACAUCAUCACCUGGAGCGACGGAGAUGCCUAUUUCUUCAAGGACAACUCAUACUGGAUUCUGAAGAGCGGAGGAUUGGACCAAGACAACGUCAUUCACAAAUCAACUGCAGUCGAUUGGAUGAUGUGUCCAAAACCGACUCCAACCACACGUCCUACCAAUCCACGUCACAGAGGAGAAUGUAACUGUGGCCUGAAUGGAGCCUUACAGAAGAGUGCUUCAUCCUGGUUACUGUUCAUCAUAUUACUGCUUUAUCCAGGCGUCCUUAUAUAAGGCCACUUGCAAUAAAUGACAUCAUCAUCAACAUCAUCAUUAUUUUUUUACAUUUUAGAGCACUUAAAAUGAUAUCUAAUAUCCGAAUAUUACUUAAGAGCAGCUUUUGUUUCAUGUUUUGAUCUAUGCAAGUUUAAUGUAUAAAUAUAUUAAAAUGAAUUAUUUUUCAUCUUUUUAGGAUAAAGUUUGAGGAUGAAAUGAAAUUAAUUUAUAUGAUUUUUUUUUUAUUUAUUGUUUUUGCUGUCAUACUAUUGCAUUGUUCAAAAUAAUGAAUUGUAAUCCAUUUGACUUUGUGCUUAUAUUUUAUCUGUGGCUAUAGGAAAGGUUUAUUUAAAUUACAAUGGUUUGUCUCAAUGAAUUAUUUUAUGCCAUGAAGGCGGCAUGAGAUAUUCUGGUCCAUAUGAUCUCUAGCUGCGAUGACAAGUCGGAUCCACAUGGAGGCAUUAACACACAGCAGAGCAGAGGUUUAAUACUUCAACACACUGUCCAGCGUCAUAAGUUCACGAGUCCUGGAACUAAUUUUGCUGGGACAUUUUUAUGAAGAUGUGGGGCCUAUGUUGAUGCUUUUCUUGUCUGGGUCUAAAAUUUCUUAAGUUCACAAAUGCAAUUCAAACAAGUGAUGCAAUCCUCAUGAUAUCAUAAUGACGAAAAAGCCUCAUUAAAAGAACAAAAUUCAUGAGAUGAAAGCAUUAUUGUAUUACCAUUACUUUGUAAAACAAAAUAUACUUAUUUGUAAAACUUA